AUCUACGCAGUGAGUUUGCAAUGCUGCUUCUUUACUUUUAUCAUCAUACUGAAUAUCUAGUAGAACAUGUUUAUAAGUAAUUGAAGAACAGUUUAUCACUACAAGAAUGGGGCCAGGAAUCAAGGACUCCCAUUCUCACAGCAGGGGCAGAGAAAGAAGCUACAGUCCAGACCGCAAGUCUAGCAAGAAGACGAGACGAGAGGAGUCAAGACACCACAGGAGCAGGUCUAGAUCAGAUUCAAGAGACCGUUCAAAUGGAGACAGGUAUAAAUCCAGCAGAGCUAGAAACAGAUCUAGGUCCAAGUCCAGAGAAAGAAGGCGUAGCAGAGAACGAAGGAGAUCAUCCUCAAAUAGCGACAGUUCGGACAGUUCUCGAGACUCUAGAUCACCACCACCAAGGGAAAGGUAUAGAAGAGACAGUCCUGGAGACGCUAGAUCACCAGCAAGGGAAAGGUACAGAAGAGACAGUCCUGUACAGAACUCAUACGGGAGAAACAGAUCCCCACCUCGAAGGACACAAUCAGUGAAUGAUAAUAGCAGAGAUAGAAGAGAUUCACACAGAGGUGAAGGGGGCAGGAAGCGAGAAUCAAGAUUCGACAAGGGAUUUGAUAGAGAACAGUUUGAAAAGGAUCUCAACUCCAAAAUCGCAAAGUACAGGGACGACAUCAAUCAAAACGGGGGUAAAGCUGAUAACGCUUCACAUCAGAAUGGACACCACCGCAGACGUGAUGACAACAAUGAUCAGCUAAAUCUUUUCUUUGAGAGGAGAGGGCAAGAGCGACAGAAGAUAUCAGCCAUGGGAAUGCUUGAGGUAUGGGGUGCAUCUCCAGAGAAACCAGAGGACGAUUCUGAUGCAGCAGCUGAACAAGAGGAAGCAGGGCAGGAGGAGGGUUCAGGGAGCAGCGGGAGUGAAGCUGAUAGCGAAGAGGAGAAACGAAGAAAGAGAAAGGAAAGGAAAAGGAAGAGGAGAGCAAAGGAAAAGAAAAAGAAGAAGAAAUCAAAGAAGAGUAAGAAGAUGAAGAAGAAAGCCACUAGUGAUGAUGAGGAUGACUCAGAUUCAGACGAUUCUGACAAAGCUGAAGACGAUGAGGAGCAGUGGGUCGAAGUUUCCAAAACAGGGAGACAAGGAGACAGUGAGAUGAUUGGUCCUAUGCCGGCCAGCGCUUCAUUCUCAGCAGCAAGUUACAUGGACUUUGGUAAAGCCCUGCUACCUGGUGAAGGUGCUGCUAUGGCUGCCUUUGUUCAGGAUGGUAAGAGAAUCCCUCGCCGUGGUGAGAUUGGUCUGACUAGUUGUGAGAUCUCAAGCUAUGAGGAUGUUGGCUACGUCAUGAGCGGUAGCAGACAUCGACGUAUGGAAGCUGUUCGUCUGAGGAAGGAAAACCAGAUCUACAGUGCGGAUGAGAAGAGGGCUCUCCUGUCAUUCAACAAAGAGGAACGCGGCAAGAGGGAGACUAAGAUCCUAUCAGACUUCAAGGAUAUGGUGCACAAAAAGACGACUAAGUCUAAGUAAAUGUAGAGACAUGGUAUAGCUCAACCAGGCAUAGUCGACUGCUUGGAUGAUUUAAAGCGGGACUAUACAGCCAACAAUGCCUAAGCGGUACCCGGUGAUUCCCCAUGGUCCACUUUGUCUUAUGUUAAUUAAGAGCUGAUUUGAUGAGAUAACUACCUGUCAGUGACCAUGCAGGGAGGUCUAAUCCCUCCUGGCCAAACUAGUGCAGAAAGGCUUCAAAGAGAACAUUGAGUUCUGAGAAAGGUGAACAAAUAGUAUGUGAACUUUUUAAUUCUUUUUAUGUUUUUGUGGAAGAGUCCCAUGAAAAGGAUGGCUUUUCAAAUGCACUCAUAUUCGACAUCUGACAAGUAACUGCUACACACGGACCACAACUUUCACGUUUGAGUCAGUCCCAUAUACUCAUUUCUGUGUAGAGUGCGUAUGACCUUUAGGAAAACUUCUCCAUAAUCUUUUCAUUUCGGUGAUUCUUAAACCUCGCAGUAUACACCAACUUUUAUGUGCUGCAUAACCAACCUUUUGCAAUCGCUCCAAAGGUUUCUUUGACAAUGUAAUCGCACAGAACUGGUCUUUAUCUGUUACUUGCGAUAUGUAUGUCUUUGAUUCGACUCCUGCUCCUGCAGUACUACUCUCCAAUGGAAAGGUAUUGAUGUUCAGUUGCCACUCCAUACCCAGGAAUGAGACCUAGUAUGAUGUUGAAAGGUAUUGGGAUUGUAUUUGCCAUAGGCUGUCACUAUGACAAUAGAUGGAAAAUGAAAGACAAGAAUUUGGCAGAAUUUUAAAAAGAUCUUUAGCAAAUUAUGAUGUAUUAAGAACUACUGUCCACAAAAUCAUUUUUCAUAUGUUUGCAUCAAAUAAUAAAAUGGUUAGCAAAUGAAAUGGUACGCUUAAUUUCUGCAUACAUAUUGUUCAUGUACAUGAUUUCCUGUACUUUAGAAUUUAAUUCUGCUACAUUCGAUUGUAAAUUGCAAAUUUUAUGUGCACAUUAGAGCUUUGCUUAUUAUUUCUACCUAUGCACAAUUGACUGACCAUGUAUUAAGGGUGUGUUAUUAAAGGGAUAGUUGAGUUCCUGUUUCAGACAGCAAAUGCCUUCAGAGUGUAUGGUUAUUGCCGUGGUCGAGUGGUUUAAGGCGCUUGACUGGAGAUGCGAAGGUCGAGGGUUUGAAUCCUCACAUGGCACUAAUAUCCUUUGGCAAGA